UAUAUAUAUAUAUAUAUUACUACUAAUUACUAAAAUUCAAAGUGAGGACGUAAUUUGGAAAACCACAGAGAGUGAAGAGAGCGCAAGAAAUUGUGAAAGAUGAAGGAUGAAGAAGAAAAUCGCCAACAAAUGAUGGAGAAUCUUUUCGGAGUCAAUUCCGAAGAUGAAGAUGAAGAAGAGGAGGUUGAUUCCGAGCAUGAAUCCAACCAUCACCGCCCUAAUUAUAUCUCCGAUGAAAAUGAUGGAGGUUUUGAACAAGAGGUUGAAAAUGAAGCUUAUGUAGAGGGGCAAGGUGAGGCAGAAGACCAAAGUGAAGGUGAAUACCGUGAAGAAGAGCCUGAAGUUGGAGAAAGUGAAGGUGAAAGAGAACAAAGUUCCCAUGAUGUAGAAAUAGACGAGCAACAUGAAGAAAGUGAGGCAAGAGAAACCGAAAGUGACGAGAAAGAAGGUUAUGCCCAAAAGGUGGUGACUAGUAGAAGAAGGGAACUCAUUGACAGUGGAUCAGAAAGGUCUGAUGAUCAAGAACCCCAUUACAUUGACCCUGAAGAUGAAGAAGUUGGUCAGACCAGAAGUCAUGGGGGAUCUCCUGAAGAGGAGAGGGAUCUUACCCACCCCGAAGCUCAAUCAGCUGCUGAAAUCCGUGAAGUGUUUGGAGAGUCAGAUGAAGAAUUGGCAGAUUAUGGUGCUCAGCAUGAUAUGGAGCAAAGAUCCCCUAUCGAGGAAGAGGAGAGCUAUGAGAAGAAUUUGAGGCCAGAUGAUUUAGUGCGUGAUGAAGAUGCUCAAUAUGGGUCAGAAGAGGAAAUCGAAGCUAAACUUAAGGAGAAACCUGUUGGCCCACCAAUGGAGUUAGAAAUACCUUUGCGUCCACCACCUGCAUUGCCGGACAAGAUGAACAUGAUCAGAGUUUCGAAUAUCAUGGGCAUUGAUCCGAAACCAUUUGAUCCUAAGACAUAUGUAGAAGAGGAUGUUUUUGUGACUGAUGAAUCCGGUACGAAAAAGCGAAUUCGCUUGGAGAACAACAUUGUCCGUUGGAGAACUGUGAAAAAAGCAGAUGGAACAAUAUCUUAUGAGAGCAAUGCCCGCUUUGUGAGGUGGUCAGAUGGCAGUCUACAGCUUCUUUUAGGGAAUGAGGUUCUUGAUAUAACCGUGCAGGAUGCUCAGCAUGAUAAUGCAUACCUAUUCCUUAGACACGGCAAGGGAAUUCUACAAUCACAAGGAAAGAUUCUCAAAAAAAUGAGAUUCAGGCCAUCAUCUCUGGCAUCCAAAUCUCAUCGGUUGCUGACUCAAAUUGUGGAUUCAAGGCAUAAAAAGGUUUACAAGGUUAAGAACUGUAUUACUGAUGUUGAUCCUGAGAGGGAAAAGGAGCAAAAAGAAAGGGCUGAAAGUCAAACUAUCAGAGCCAAUUUGCUUCUUAACAAGAAGCGGGAAAGGGUGAAUCGGAAGUACACAAAAUCGAUGGACAGAGGACGGCGACUUUCUCCUGGAUUUUUAGAAGAUGCACUUGAAGAGGAUGAUGAAGCAAAUUACUAUGAAUCUCGUCGUCCAGUAUCUAGGCACCGUUUUGAGGACGAGCUGGAGGCAGAAGCUAGGGCUGAGAAGCGCAUUAUAAAUGCGAAGAAGGCACAAGGAUUCAAAGAUAUGUCACGGAAACCUUCAGCUGGUUCAAAAACAUCUAGACGCCCAGUGGAUUUCGAUGAUAGCGAUGGAGAGGCUUCGGAAUAUGAAACUGAUGGUGGGGAAGAGGAUAGAUCCCCUGAACGCAGGAUGGAGGAUUCAGAGCCAGAAUGGGAGGAUUCAGAGGAUGAGGAGCAAGAGGAAGUUGCAGCUGACGGUGGAGCUUCAGAAGAGGAGGCUGAGGAACCAAAGCAGAUGGGCAGAGAAGCUACAGGUAGUAAGCGCAAGGAGAUAGAGUCUGAUGAGGAGUCUCCUCGCAAGAAGCCUACAGCACAUCGUCGGAUGGCAGUUGUUUAUGAUAGUGAUGAUGAAUGAUCCUUUGAACUGAUGAGAAGUCAUGCUUAUGAGCAAAACACGUCCCAGGGACUUCGGCACAGUGCUUAUACUGGUUGCUGAUGCAGCUUCAAUACUCAAUUGCAAAAGGGGCGGAAGAGAAAGGAGAGGACGUCUAAAUAAGUAACAGGGACAAUUAGGGUUUGAUUUUAAUGCUUAUCUUUCUCAAAUGAUGGUUUGAUUUUAAUGCUCAUGUUUCUCAGAUGAUGGAAUACGAUUAAUAAACUGUAACAGCUUCUACUUAACAUAAUUUUGGCUUCGUGUACUUGUCAUAACUUUUUGGUUCUCAUGAUUUUUGCUUCUCUACUUGUUUAUAAGAGGUAUAUAGCAAUUUUUUUUGAAAUGAAGGUAUAUAGCAAACCAUGUUUCUUGUUU